GUAGAAAGCCGAAUCAUAUAAAACCAGGAAACAUUUCUCUGUGGAGCAUCAGUUGUUCACCUGUAAGGUUAUCAGAAUCACACCUUUUUCUAGUCUCUCUCAAAGUACACCAAAAAAACAUCAAAAUGAUGAAGAUCGUUUGCUUGUUCGCUGUUGUGGUGGUAGCAUUGGCAGAAGUGCGGCCAGUACCACCAAGUGCCAUUCCAGUACAACAUCCUCGAGCCCUGGUCCAAUCAUUGUCUGGAAACGAAAAUGACCAGCCGGCAGCCCCAGCUAACAUGGACAUGGCAGCACCAGAAGCCUCAGGCGAUAUGGACAAGGCUGAAACGUUCGGCUUCGGUUAUCACAAGCAUAUCCACGUUGCGCCCCAGUUCUAUGGUGGAUACUAUGGUGGAUAUCACGGAUAUGGAGGAUAUCACGGUGGAUACUACCCAUACUAUGGCCAUGGCUAUGGAUAUCCUUACUACUACUAAGGGUAUUUAAUAAAAAAUAAAUUUAAAUUAUUUAUUGAA